AGAAAAAAAUGCUGAGCCAAGAGAGCGUACUGUCGGUUCUUCAAUCAGCGGGGGGCCGCGUGAAGAAGUCUGAGCUGGUGUCUCUCUUUAAAGACUUGGUGGACUGCGACGAUCCGGCGGAGAAGACCCGGAACAGAGAACUCUUUAAGGCUUUUGUCAACAACGUGGCCUACGUGAAGGAGAGCGAGGGUGUCCGGUAUGUGGUGCUCAGGAAGUCCCACCGCAAAGGUCUGCCAGAGGACCGGGAGGACCCAGAGGGCAAAGAGGAGGGUCCACAAGGUGAGGACAAGACAACCGGACUGCUGUCUCCUUUUGAGAUUGCGUUGCGGAAAAGCAAAGAAGAUUCACGUCUUAAAGAGCAGAGGAGGCUCGGUUCCACAGUCAAACCCUUCGCUUUGCCUCUGAGGAUGCCCCCCACGGACGUAAGAGUGGACCCCCCUGAAAACCCCUUAAGAACCAAAAGGAGACCAUUGUCAGAGGAGCUAAAAGACACCAGAAUCUUGUCUUCAGUUCCUCUAGAUCAGGACGAGCACGAGUGGCUGGUCAAGUGCGCCUCGGGUCACUGGAGUCAGGUCUACGGCCUCCUGCUGAGGGACCGCCAGCUGGUCCACAAGCGGGACUUUGUGUCGGGCUUCACCGCCCUGCACUGGGCCGCCAAGCACGGCAACGGCGAGAUGCUGGAGAAGCUGGUGGACGUGGGCGUGGACGUGGACGCCCGGACGCGCGGCGGAUACACGGCCUUGCACGUGGCCGGCUUGCACAAGCGGGACUUCAUUCUGGUCACGCUGGUGGAGAAAUACGGCGCCGACGUGCGGAUACGGGACAACGCCGGCAAGAGGGCGUACCACUAUCUGCACCACGACACCUCGGAGGCCAUCAGGGAGAUGUUAGGGGCACCUAGAGUCCAGCAGGCGGACCACGACAAGGACGAGCCGUUCCAGGACUCGUCCAAGGGCCGCCAUUCCAUAAGCCGCCUCUUCCAUCCCCACGUGAGGACGCACAGGAGGGGCCACAAGUCCAGGCUCUCGUUCUUCUCGCUAAGCGACGAUACGGCCGUCGAUGAACGGGAGGACGAGGUCGUCAGCCACAAGGUUCUAUUGGACGUUUUCGAGUGACGAUCCAUGAGGGAUGCUUUGUUUUUUGCUUUAUUGAUCGAGCCUUUUGAAUGUUUUGAACUCCUGCUUCCGUGCUAGGGUUUCUGUCAUAGCUAAGAAACCAUAGUUUAGACUGACUCAACAGCGCCUCUGCUGGUUACUGCCAAGUACUGCACUACAUUCAGCAUGUAUGAUUAAUUUAUUCACAACGUAAAAGUAUCGACGUAUCACUUGCGAUACAGUAUCGAUACAUCAAUAUUUUUUAAUUAAGUAUCCAAACACUCGAAAGGAAUUCCUAAGAUGUCAUAAUAAGUCAAUAAUUAUUUGUCCCAAAGGCUAAAAAGUAUAAUUGGUAAAAAUAUUUUUUUCCUGCAUAUAAUUGAUAUCUUGGGUGGAAUAUCCAUCUGAAUGUUUUGGACUCCUGUUUCAAUGCUAGGCUUCUAAUCAGUAGAAAAAAUGUAAUUAGUUGUGUCACGGCUAUAUAGUUAAACUGACUCAACAGCACCUCUGCUGGUUACUGCCAAGUACAGCACUCCAUUCAGCAUGUAUGAUUGACUCGAAAGAAAUUCCUAUGAUGUCAUAAUAAGUCAAUACUUUAUUUGUCCCAAACGCUAAUUAAACAUGAAAAAAGUAUAUUUGGUAACAAUAUUUUUUUUCCCGCUUACUAUUGAUAUCUUGGGUGCAAUAUCCAUCUGAAUGUUUUGGACUCCUGUUUCCAUGCUAAGCUUCUAAUCAGUAGAAAAAAUGUAACUAGUUGUGUCACGGCUAUAUAGUGCGACUGACUCAACAGCGCCUCUGCUGGUUACUACCACGUACGUACUGCACUACAUUCAGCAUUAAUGAUUCAUUUCUUCACAACGUAAAAGUAUCGACGAACCACUUGCGAUACUGUAUCGAUACAUCAAUAUUUUUUUAUGAAGUAUCCAAACACUCGAAAGGAAUUCCUAUGAUGUCAUAAUAAGUCAAUACUUUAUUUGUCCCAAAGGCUAAUUAAACAUGAAAAAAGUAUCAUUGGUAACAAUAUUUUUUUUUCCGCUUACUAUUGAUAUCGUGGGUGAAAUAUCCAUCUGAAUGUUUUGGACUCCUGUUUCCAUGCUAAGCUUCUAAUCAGUAGAAAAAAUGUAACUGGUGUGUCACGGCUAUAUAGUGCCACUGACUCAACAGCGCCUCUGCUGGUUACGGCUAAGUACUGGACUACAUUUAGCAAUUGUCACAGAAUUCGUCACAAUUCCUCAUUGUUGUUUUUAUGUAUGAUUGAUUCUAUGAGUAAUGAAUUUCUUCAUAACAUACUGAAUAGUGCUGAAUGUGCAAAAACAAUAUCGACAUAUGUCUUGUGAAACAGUAUCGAUGAGACUAAAUGGCAAUAUUUUUUAAUGACGUGUCCAAACAGUCAAAAUGCCACAACGAGUCGAUACUUAAUAUGCGCUACCUAGAUGGAAUAAAGGCUCUGUUUGCUAGCGCCCGGUUCAUAGUGCGUGUAAAGCGCUAAAGUGUGGAUACUUUUGCAUAACAUGAGUUAUUUUAUUAAUUUUACAUAAUCUGAUCAAAAGGCUUUCAAAAGGAUCAAAAUGACAAAAAUACAUGACAUGUGUAAUAUUUUUGACCCUAAUGAGGAUAA